AAAAAAAACUACGAAGUAAUAUUUUUCUAUCAAAUUUGAUUUUUUAUUUAAAAGUUGUUAUUUCGAGGUUAUUCAUAUUAAUUAUUUCUUUUAAGUUAAUAAUUGUAAUCUGAAAACGGAUGAUGAGUUAUCAACCAACUUCUCGAGUUUACUAUCGAUCGUAGUCGAUUAGAGUAAAAAAUUGCUGUGAACGGAUUGUUAGAUGUCUUUUGGUAUCCUGUUUAUGAGGCGGUACGCGUUUUGUCGUGGAUAACGGAUCUAACGGACUUAGCGGAAUUACUGAACUUAUGUUGGUGAAAUACGCACAAUCACGAAGUGCGCAUCUAGAAGUUUGUCGCGGGUGACACUUCCACACCGGUAUCAUCGUCGUUUUACUUAACCCCCAGUGAUCAUACAGCCGAUCAAAUUUUUGCCGCGGAAAAAAUGAAUCCUCUCGGAGGUGAUGGAAGUGGAGAUGGGGACAUAGAACGACGUGGGAUCGGACGUGGUCGUGGUCGUGGACCGUGGACCUCAAGUUCACAGGAAAUUCCAAUAUUAAGGAGACCCCAUCAUGCUACAUCUGGAAUGCAAACAGGAUCAAUGGAAUCAAAAAAUGUAGAACAGAACAAGUUGGAUAAAUCUUUUGAUGAUAUUAUUCAGAAUUCUACAUUGUCUGUACAUGCAGCUGAAUUUAUUCCAAAAUCAUAUCCUAUUAAACAGUUACAUCAUCAACAGCAGCCAUCUACAAGAUAUUUACAAAAACAUUCAGUUCAAGAUAGAUUGCAAAUUGCACGAGAAAUACCUCUUCAAGUGCAAAUGAUGCAACAAAAUUUUGCAUGUAAUUAUGGUACAUCCCAGCAUUAUCAACAAACAGAACAAGUUCAACAAUUCGAUAAUCUUUCACAUCAACAAGAACAAUCUUCAAAUAUUCAAGAUUUUGGUCAUUUUGAUGGUGGUUCAGGAGAUUAUAGAAACAAACAUCAGGACUCGAAUAUAGAAGAUGAUAAUUAUUUAAUUGAAUUUGCAAAUAUAACACAGAAUUUAAUGAGUGUUAUACAUUCAUUGAUAUUAAAUCCAGGACAUUUUACUUCAAUUGUGCCACCUCUUAUAAAUAAUCUUAGACCUUAUUUAGGAUUUCCUAGUCAGUUUAAAGAAAUUAUGAAAAUAAUAAUUCAACAGUCUAUAAAUGAAGGCAAUUUCCGAUAUAGUGGUGCUCGACUUUGUGCCUUUUUGGAUAACAGUUUGACUUCUAUAGAACAGACAUCUUUUAGAUGGACUUUGUGUACUUUGUGUAAAAAUGAAACAGACAGUCAAGCUUCCAAUUGGCAGCAAAAAGAAGAUCACAGUGAAGAAGAACAAAAGAGAUGUAAUGGAUUGAUAUUACUCUUAGCUGAAUUGGUUACUCAAAUGGAUGACACUUCUGCGUUUACUUUAGGGGACUUAUUAAUUCAAUUUAUUAUUAUUAUAUUAAAAAAACCUGCACCAAAUUCUGUCAAAAAUAUUUGCCAGGCUCUUAAGUUGGCAGGACAAACUUUAGAAAAAAAUAAAAAUGAAAAUCGUCGUAAAGAAAUGGAAAACAUGAUGCGAGCUUUGACAGAGCUUGUAACGGAAGGUAGAGUGGAUUCACAUGUAGGACAUAUGGUACAUAGUGUUCAUGAAUUAAGAAAUGGAAACUGGGGACAGAAUUCUCUUAAUUCUUCAACAGUGGAAUCGAUAGAACCAUUAGAUCCUAAUCAAGCAAUUGAUGAACCUGUUUUAUAUGGUCCUGAUGGCAAAGUAUUAACGCCAGAAGAAAAUAAAUUUUUAGAAGAAGUUCCUGAUAGUACAACGAAUAUCGAGGAUCAUAUUAUAUCUGAACAUGGAUAUGAAGGUGAUGAAACAUGGAUGUCAGAGGACGAUGACAUAGAUGCAGCUUAUGAAGAAUUUUUAAAACAUAUUCCCAAGCAAAUUAAAAACCAAUCACAGAAAUAAUCAAAGACACAACAAUGGCUGUCUAUUAUAAAUCAUUAUCAUGUAAUUACGUUGGUCUCAUAGUUGGAAACUAUGAGAGUGGUUUCCUAAAUUUCGUUUACAAAUUUUUAUAAUGUAAAACGAAAAUGCAAACUAAAUCUAAUGGUAUAAUAGAACAGUUUGUGCAUUUGCACAAUAAAUAUCCAAUGAAUAGCUUUCGAGUGAUAAUUUAUAAAUUUAAAAAAAAAUCAGAUCAUUAAAAAAUAUUUUUUUCCAUUGCAAUUUCAGAUAGAUAUCUUUACUUUUAUACCACAUUUAUUAUUUUGUACACUCUUUCUUAAAUUUAGCAAUGAAUGUUGCAAGAAUUUGUUCCUAAAUGAAAACAAUAUAAUCUAUUUGUCUAUGAUACAAAAAUUUAUUAUUAAGUUAUUUAAAUUAUUGUAAUAAAUCAAGCGAAUGAAUAAGGUAAAAUAUUAAUUAUUGUCUCUAUCAUUUUUCGCAAUCUACUAUAAAUACUACUUAAAAUUCAAAAUUUUGGUAUCUAAUUAAUUUUCUUGCAGGUAUAAUUUGGUAGGUUAUAAUCUUUUUUCUUAUGUAAUUUUUUUAAAAUUUAAAUUAAUAUUUAAUAUAAUGAAUUUUUAAAAUCCGAUUUUUUAUCUAAUUUUUAAAGACAGUUACAUAUAUGAUGAUUAUUUUGUUAAUGAUUAUAACAUGCAUGUGAAAAUUGCGUCUGAUGGAUCCAUUUUUGGCGAGAUAAAAGAAUGAUUGUUCAUCAAAUAUUAAAAUUGCAAUUUGAUUAUUCAUGCUCUCUGUAUUUAAUAUAUAAUACGUACUUUUUUCAAAUAUAUUUAUUGUGUCAUUAUUUUCACAUUUUGAUCAGUGAAAAUCAAUCCAUAAAAAAAUAGAUUUUUUUUUAUUAAAUCAUAAAAUUAAAUCAUCAUUUUUAUUAAAAAAUUAUUUAUUAUUUUAUACAAUCGAUAUAUUAAUAUUUGAAUAGAAACUUUUGUAACUUUGAAACAUAUCAUGUACUAAUAAAAAUAAAAAGGAAGAACAUCAUUUUUAUUAAGACAAAAUUAAGUCAUUGCUGACUGUUUUUCUUCCAUCUUAUUAAUUAUGAAAUCAAAUUAUUCUUGAUUAUUUUGCUUUUAUUAUUUUUUAUUUGCUUAAUGAUACAUGAUUUUUUGAAAUAAAUAAUAUAGGAAGUAAUCCAAUGUAGUGAGCAAUAGGCGAGACCUAUAAAAAUCAUCAGUGUCACAAUUAGUAGCAAAAUUCAAAAUUUGAACAUCAAAAUUGAAUCGAAAAUCGUAUAGGCAAAAAAUCGAAUAGCAAGGUUUUCCUCAUAUUCAAUAUCACAUUCAUCUGUACUAUUGAUUGGAAAUCUAUUAAUCCAUACAGUUUCAAAACAUAACUUCUUUAUUUAAAGUAAAUUGUUUUUGAUAAAUAAUAAUUUAAUUAAUAUUAAAAAAUUCAUUAAAAUUUAAAAAAAUAUUUUAUUCAGGAUUUCAUAAAAAGGUGAAACAUCUAUGGAACAUAAUUCUAUUUCUGCUUUUACUAUUUGCUAUUGUUAACAAUGAAUAUUUCUAAUCAAGAAUACUAUCAGUUGAAAAUAUUGGUAAGUUAUUUGAAAUGAUGCAUGAUGUAUUUUAUUAAAUUAUAUUUUUAUCAUAAUUUUUAGGUUGCAAAAGUUUUACUUAUGGAAUUAAUACAAGAUGCAUUCUCAGUGAAGACAGAUCAGUAUGUUCUUGACUGAAUUUGUAUAUAGAGAUCUUCUUUUACAUUGUAUCAGAGUAGAAUGUUUAAGUCAAUGUUUAUAAAAAAAAUUUGAACAUUUUAAAUGUUUCAAAAGUAUUUUAUGUAUUUUAUGUAUUUAAGUAUUUAAUUAUAGGUAUUUAAUUUAAUUUUUAAUCAAUGAAGAUUAUAUUAAAAACAAUGUAUUCUCCAACAAUGUAUAAAUCCUUGCAAUAGUUUAUGUAGUGUAAAUGCAUUAUGUGUAACUAAAAAUCA